AUGGAGGACGAUGGAUUCACACUGGUAACAAAAAGGAAAUCGAAUAAAUCGAAAUACACAAAAACGCCAAGCGGAAAACACAUUCGAGCUGAUGGGAAUCUUGAAGACAUUGAAAAUGCGAUGCAACAGGCCAAUCGGAAUAUUCGAGAUUCUGGUAUUUGCGAUUGGCUCUUGAAACGAAUUCAAAUGCCGCGAAAAGUGUUUGUUAUGGGAAAUGGACAUUUUGAUGGAAUCCAUGAACCCGGAGCUCAUCAAUUGGCGAUGAGCAUCGAAUUGGCGUCUCGUUCGAAUGCUGAAAUCAUUUUUCAAGAUCCAGUGUGCACAAUAUUCGAGAAUAAAUGGCUCGAAUCAAAAGCUAUUGAGAUUCGAACGGAUCUCGACGCGAAAAUUAGAUGUGAUGAGUCGACAUUAUUUGUGAUUAUUCACGGGCAACACGAAAUUCUUAAUGAAUUUUUCGAAUUCAAUUUUGAGCACAAUUUGCUGAACAAUGCUACAAUUAUUGGGAACAACUACAAAAGUUGUAAUUGGGAACUAACUCAAAAUAAGGCUGAUUUUCAAUUUAUUGAUCGAUUUUUUAAUUCAGCAAUGAUAACUCCAAUUGAUUGCGGCUUCUCUACAACAUCUUCGUCUACUUCGUUCAAAUUCGAAUUUGCUUCCGGCGUGAUUGUCUUCGUCUUGGGAGUAUCGGUUGUUGGCAAUGUCGAGAUUGGAGUGGAAGUGGUUGAAGGUUGA